AUGAGUCGCAAGUCAACACCGACAAUCAAGGUGCGGGAAGAGAGCGAGGAGGCACGUGGUGCUCUGGUCAACAACAGCCUUACUGUGCGUCGACUGCCCAACCAACUGAUCUGUGGCAAUCUGUGGACGGCUUCACUCACACAUCUGCAGGCUGCACCAAACUCUCACAUGGCAACUUCAACUCGCUCUUCUUUCACCGUCAUGCACUCUGACAAACUGAACAACUUCCCACCCUCACAGUGCAAGGACAGAACUUCCACGGACCACACCGAAUCUAGUGCCGCCACCGGUAUGGAGGACAUACUCUCUCGCCUCAAGCUCAAUGAUGCCCGCAAACCCACCCCUCCGGCUGGACAGAAAGCCCAAAAGACCGAUUUUGGCACGCUCAACAAGCUUCUGAACAAUUUGCAGGACCAAAACAAAACCUUGAAGGAACAAGAGAAGGAACUCAAGAAUGGGAUGGAUGCUUCUCCUGGUGUCUAUGAAGGUGUGGACCAGCCUGCUGCCGCUGACCCUCGUGUCCCUGGAAAUGGUCACUUCGACAUGCCCAAGUCUGGCCCUGGCCCUCAGACCUCCAAUGUUGGCAACGUCGAUCUUGCAGAGAUGAUGCGUGUCAAACAAGAGCUCGAAGCUGCCAAGUCAGUCAUCUCUCGCCAGGAACAGGAACUUGCCGAGACUCGCAAUCUCAAGCAGACCAUGGAUCAAGCCAUGGGUCCUCCUUCCGAGGUCGACUUCGGCGCUCCAAAUGACAUCUCUGAGCAGACUAUUGGGCAUCUGCAGAGUGCCUUCAACGCUUCGGCUCGCCCAUUCACAUCACGCACCGACACUUGGGUUGCCCAGGAGGAGCCACAUGCUGACCAGUCCGAUGUUCUUGGAGCCGCCAACUUUGGGCGUGGCAGGGCCAUUUGGAACAAUCCAACUACAUCCAUGACAAAUCUCGUGUCCAACAACGCUCCUGCAGCGGGUUACACCAAUCCCCGUGAUGCCCGUCUCUCUGGACAAGCCUACAAUGGGGUGUACGGAGCAACCAUCUCUCCGGCAGAGGCAAACUUUCAACCACGCAACUUCACAGCCGCGGCCGCUCCUCUUGGUUACGACAUGCGCGGAAACGCAGAGGUGAUGCCGUACAAUCCAACGGUAGGCAUGCGACGAAAUGGAGGACAAUUGCGAAUUAACUCGAACCUCGUUGAUCCCAUGGGCCAAUUCGGUAGCUUCCCGCCAGCUGGCUCGGCUCUUACUCCGCCGCCAAUCAGUCCCAUGGCCCUUCCUGCUCAGUACAAUUACCAACGAGGACUUGCAACCCCAAUCACUCCUGCAGCACCUGAGUUCCCAACCACUAAUUUGCACGGCGCUGGCAACCCAUGGUCGCUUCCUUCCGGAGCAGUGAACGGACAGACCUAUGUCACGCCACUCGAGCCAAUGAACUAUCGUCGUCUCCUUGACAAAUCUGUGUCCUGCGACUGGAAGUAUAUCGUUGACAAGAUCGUCUGUAACAAUGAUCAGCAAGCCAGCAUCUUCCUGCAACAGAAGCUCAAGGUCGGCACAGCGGAGCAGAAGUUCGAGAUUGUGGAAUCCAUCGUCAACCAAGCUUACCCACUCAUGAUCAACCGGUUCGGCAAUUUUCUUGUACAACGUUGCUUCGAGCAUGGCACUCCAGAGCAGGUCGUUGCGAUUGCCAAUGCCAUUCAUGGAAAUGUCAUCUCGUUGAGCAUGGAUCCUUUCGGAUGUCACGUUAUUCAGAAGGCCUUCGAUUCGGUCCCUGAGGAGCACAAGGCUGGCAUGGUGCGAGAACUGCUUCGCCGAAUCCCGGAUACUGUCAUCCAUCGUUACGCAUGUCACGUCUGGCAGAAACUAUUCGAACUACGCUGGAGUGGUGAACCACCACAGAUCAUGUUGAAGGUGAAUGAAGCUCUUCGAGGCAUGUGGCACGAGGUCGCCUUGGGUGAAACUGGAAGUCUUGUCGUGCAGAAUAUCUUUGAGAACUGUGUCGAAGACGAGAAGCGCCCCGCCAUCGAGGAAGUCAUUGCCAACAUUGACCUGAUUGCACAUGGCCAGUUUGGAAACUGGUGCAUCCAGCACUUGUGCGAGCACGGCUCUCCGCCAGACAAGCGUCGUGUGAUCGAUCAUAUCCUUGUCAACUCGUACAAUUACAGCAUUGACCAAUUCGCCUCGAAAGUGGUGGAAAAGUGUCUCAAGAUUGGCGGGCCAGAGUUCUUGGAUCGUUACCUUGGAGUCAUUACCACUGCUCGCCCGGACCGUCCACGUAUCCCACUCAUCGACAUUGCCGGCGACCAGUAUGGCAAUUACUUGAUCCAGUGGAUCUUGAUGAACACUCAUCACCAUCAACGAGAGCAAGUUGCCGUCCAUAUCCGCAAACACAUGGUGUCCCUGCGUGGCUCCAAGUUCGGAUCUCGUGUCGCCAUGCUUUGCUGCAAUCCGAACUCGGUCACUCGUCCAGGUCCUGGAGCAGUGGUCAAUCCUUUUGGUGCGCCGGGUCAACCACGCAGCCAAUGGCCUCGCUUUCGCUAG